CUGACCUAUUGGGAUGCAUUCUGCCUGGCGUUGUUAGAAGAGCUCGAAAAUCGUGGUGGAACACCUCGAGAAGAACUGCGUGCCUGGCAAACACUUCUUCACAUUCUAAACGAAAGCAUGUUAGCCGGCUAUUUGGAUGCAAAAAGUAGUAGUAGAAAAGACGGCGAAUAA